CGGGCAUCUCAGCGUGGAAACGCCUUUCUGAAAGCGACUGCAAACUGAGAACGCGGACUGACGGCCUGACAGACCUCCAGCUGCCCGACUCCUCAAGGAAACCAAUCUAGUUAACUAACAAUGGCAUCCAUACUGAAUCUGAAAGAAGCCACUGACAACCAAAGUUCAUGGGAAACUUUGCUACCAGAUUUCCCUAAAGGACCGCUUUGCAAAUAUCGUAAGAAAGCUUCCUUUAACUGGAAGGAGAUGGCAAUGUUACUAGAAGGCAAAGAUAUCAUCCAGCUUAAGAAUAGAAUCUUCUCUGCUCUGGAAAGUGAUCCUCUCUUUGCACAUCAUCCUGGAGAAGAUCUGUGCCGUGAGAAAUAUCAGGAGCUGACAUUCCUGCGCUGUAAAAGGCUCUUUGAGUAUGAAUUCCUUACUCAGCAAGAGAUCAUUGAGAACCCAUUAAAGAUACUUAAUAUGGCCCUCUGUAUAGGAAUGUAUGAUUGGUCUCCAUGUUUCCAGUAUUUCCUACAUAGUGUUAUAUUUGCAGGUACGCUUUUGAGUGCUUCUAAGAGAUUUGUAAAUUUUUUGAAACAGACUUAUAGCAUGGAGAUUUUUGGAUGUUUUGCUCUGACUGAACUCAGCCAUGGAACUAAUACCAAAGGCAUACGGACUACUGCCACAUUUGAUCAUAACACUCAGGAAUUUGUCAUAAAUACUCCUGACUUUGAAGCUGCAAAGUUCUGGGUUGGUAAUAUGGGGAAACAUGCCACCCAUGCAGUUGUGUAUGCCCAGCUCUACACUCCUGAUGGACAGUGCCAAGGAUUACAUUCCUUUGUUGUACAGAUUCGAGACACAAAAACUCUUCUACCAAUGCCAGGUGUGAUGGUGGGUGACAUAGGAAAGAAGAUUGGGCAGAAUGGGUUGGAUAAUGGAUUUGCCAUGUUCCACAAUGUCAGGAUACCUAAAGAAAACAUACUGAAUAUAACUGGAGAUGUCACAGCUGAGGGGAAGUACUCAAGUUCAGUCAAGGAUGUUAAAGAGCGUUUUAGUGCAGCUCUGGGAAACUUGUCCACUGGCAGAAUUAUGAUCACAGCAGUUUCCACGACCAAUUUAAAGCUUGCCUUAACAAUAGCCAUUCGGUUCUCAGCAGUUCGGCAUCAGUUUGGACCAACUGAUGAUGAAGAAAUACCUGUUCUUGAAUACCAAACACAGCAAUGGCGUCUUCUUCCUUAUCUGGCUGCCACAUAUGCCUUAGAUUGUUUCUACAAAUCCCUGUUUAAGAACUUCGUAGAAUUUUAUGCAGGCUUAUUGACAAAGCAAAGGAGUCAGAGACAGGCUGAUAUGGGACGUGAGAUUCAUGCCUUAUCCUCUGCCAGCAAACCACUGUCGUCUUGGACUGCUCAGCAGGCAGCCCAGGAGUGCCGAGAAGCUUGUGGAGGACAUGGUUACCUUGCCAUGAAUCGUCUGGGUGAAAUCCGAAAUGACAAUGAUCCAAACUGCACAUAUGAGGGAGACAACAAUGUCCUGCUUCAGCAAACCAGCAACUACUUAAUGAGCUGGAUGAAUUGCAUAAGAGAUAAGAUUCCUUUUGAGUCUCCUUUUGGAACAAUAAAUGUUUUGCAAGACUACCAUCAUAUCCUUGGCUGGAAAUUCAGAGCCAUUAGUGUUGAAGAUUGCAUGGACUCCUCAGUUCCUUUAGCAGCAUAUAAAUGGCUGGUUUGCUACCUGCUCCGAGAAAGUGACCUGAAACUGAGCAAGGAGAAGCAGUCUGGGCAAAGUGAUUUCGAGGCAAAAAACAACUGUCAGGUGUACUACUGUCAAUCAUUAGCCAUUGCUUUUAUUGAACAAACAGUCUUACAGAGAUAUCAUGACUACACUCAUGAUCCCAACAUACCGUCUACUCUGCAGCCAGUGCUUAAGAAUCUCAGUGCUCUGUAUGGACUCUGGUCUUUAAGUAAACAUCUGGCUGUGCUCUACCAAGGUGGCUAUGCUUCAGGUGAACAAGCUGGUAGAUUUAUUCAGAAUGCUAUUCUGGAGCUCUGCUACAGGUUGAAAGAUGAUGCAGUUGCCCUGGUUGAUGUCUUUGCUCCUCCUGACUUCAUUCUCAACUCUCCCAUUGGUAAAGCUAAUGGAGAGUUGUAUAAAAAUAUGUGGGCAGAGAUCCUUCAAGGCAGCAAAGCUCUGAACAGACCUUCAUGGUGGGCAGAAUUUUGUAUUAAUAAACCUGUUACAGGCGGGCUGAGGCCAAAAUUGUAAACCAAACAACUUGUAAGAUGCUGGAUGGGCCUGAGAUGGAUACUGUAUUUCAAACAUCAAGAGGAAAUGAAACCAUAUGUCAAACACUGAAAAUGAAAGAGAUUUUCAUAGACAAGUGCCAAGUGUUAAAAAUUACUUUGAAAUCAAGUCCAACUUGGACUCAGGGUCUGUUAACAUAAUAAUGACAGGAGCAAGGGCAACACAUCUGCACACUACUCAUAUUUACUCAAUUAAAUACAAAAAAAUUAAGAUUCAUUAUGAUCACUGCUUUACAAAGUUUCUAUAAAAGAAACGUUCCAAUCAGUCUUUUGACUUUACUAUCAUAUUACAGAAGUUAAAUAAUUAAAAACCAUUUCCCACCAGGGAAUUUGAAGAAAAAAGAAAAAAGACAUCAAGAACACCAACAGUGAUAAACCUGUAAUAAGGGAUGGGAAUCAUUUCCAGCAGCCCCUUUGAAGUCUUUGAAGCUAUUCUGAUGUACUUCAUAUGCCUUUGUGUUAAAAUACUUGAUUGUUCUUUCAGUGCAAGAGAAGAUUGGGAUUUUAGAUUAUCUGUCUUUAAAUGGUGUGUAACUCUGUAGGUAAAAUUAAUUGAAGAUGA